UAUUUCAAACAAAAACGGUCAAUUUGGUUGCUAUGCAAAAUACCGCUAGUGUAUGUACUAAAUACAAACAUUAAGGUUCCUUUAACUUGAAAUGACAUGUUUGCUUAAAAUAACAUAUUCAGCAGCAUAUGUGCAUGGUAGGAUCGAGAUGUUGUGUUGGAUCCAUUGUUGCUUUGCAACAAAAACUCGGGAUUGAUACAGUCAAUGAUGAACAGGCGCGUGCAUGCUGAAAGCACAUUUGGAGCUGGGGAUAUCCUUUGUUUUUCUCUUCAGAGUAUGCUUGAAUGAGAAUACGGACUCACUUUUGUUUGAAUCGGGGGUGUCCCUCCCUCCACGCUGCAUGUGACAAAACCACUGACCGGCCCCCUUCAAUUCCUAUGGAUCGAACUACAGAACCUCCGCUUCAAGACAUCUGUUCCUUUCUAACAGAGCGCGCCCCCGUUUCCAGAGCUGUGACUGAACGACUGACUCUCGUGGUCCCCGGACUGGUGAUUUCCACAUUUGCCCGUGAAAUCAACCAAAGAUGAAGAUCGACGUUGACUCAAACUCACCCUGCCCCUCUUUUCGCAGUUUGUAGACUGGAGGGAAUUGGAACGAGGAUUUUGCCUCCUCUCCAUCACUCUCGUCCGAGCAGAGAGUCGCCACCGAGCGUCAAAAGUCCGGUGCCAUUGAGUAGCCGAUUUCUUUUUGUCUGCCCUCUAGCCGGGGGUUUCGCAUCCUCUGCGUCUGGCUUGGAUGGGAAAGGACAACGAAGGGCGAGUGAAAAGAUCGGGGUUCUGAUGUUUGAAUAUUUUGCGCUUCUGGACAUUUAAUUGAUCGUAUUCAGUCAUCGUUGAGAGACUACUGUGAUUAUGGAGUCGGUAGAAAAGGAGUGCGGAGCGUUGGGUGGAUUAUUCCAAGCUAUCGUCAACGACAUGAAGAGUUCAUAUCCAGUGUGGGAAGACUUCAGUGCCAAGGCUACUAAACUGCACUCCCAACUCAGGACCACAGUUCUGGCAACAGUGGCGUUUCUAGAUGCCUUUCAGAAGGUGGCAGACAUGGCGACCAACUCAAGAGGAGGCACCAGGGACAUAGGUUCAGCUCUGACCAGGAUGUGCAUGAGACACCGCAGCAUCGAGACUAAACUACGCCACUUCACCAAUGCUCUUAUGGAAGGCCUAGUCACUCCUCUCCAGGACAGGAUAGAGGAAUGGAAGAAGACAGUUAACCUGCUGGACAAAGACCACGCCAAAGAAUACAAGCGGUCUCGCCAGGAGAUCAAGAGGAAGUCCUCAGACACCAUGAAGCUCCAGAAGAAGGCCAGGAAAGGCCGGGGUAACCUGCGUCCCCAGCUGGACAGUGCCAUGCAGGACGUCAGUGACCUCUACCUUCUGAUGGGGGAGACCGAGAAGCAGGCGGUGCGCCGGGCCCUCCUAGAGGAGAGGGGGCGCUACUGCUUCUUCAUCAACCUGCUGAAGCCUGUGGUGAAUGGAGAGAUAGCCAUGCUGGGAGAGAUCACACACCUGCAGGCCAUUGUUGAUGACCUCACUGUGCUCACUGAAGACCCACACAAACUGCCCCCGGCUAGUGAGCAGGUGAUCGGCGACCUGAAGGGUUCAGACUACAGUUGGUCCUACCAGACCCCUCCCUCCUCUCCCAGCAGUGCUGCCUCCAGGAAGAGCAGUAUGUGCAGUAUCCUCCAGAUGCCAACUGUCGGUGCCCAUCGUCUCAGUAGUGUCUCCUCCCAUGAUUCAGGGUUCAUUUCUCAGGAUGCCAACACCCACUCCAAGCCCCCCUCGCCCAUGCCCUCUGACAUCACCAGCCAGAAGUCCACCAGCUCAGCCUCCUCUGAGGCAUCAGAAACCUGCCAAUCUGUCAGUGAAUGCAACUCUCCCACCGCGUUUGGCUCGGGCUCAUCCUUCGGUACCUUCCGCCCCGCUCUCUCACACACUGGCUCCAUCAGGCCUCUCUCUGUCAUACUUCCUGGGUCCCCCACAUUUAACCGCUCUCCUGGAUCCAACCCCCCCUCACCCAUCUCAAAGGUUCCUAGCUGGAAGGAUUGGUCUAAAACCAGUACCUAUGAGCCCUCACUGGCUACCACUCUGCAGCAAAGGAGAGAGUCAUUGGACAGGAUGAGGGAGCAGGAGGUUCCUUCCAGUCCUAAAGGGUUCUCUGGGAUGCACCCAGACACUCAUAGGUCCAGGAUGGCCCAAGCUACUAUAGCAGCCAAGCACGGCGGUGAGGCCAUGUCCCCAGCAGCCAGUACACUAGCCAUGGUGCUGACCCGUGGUCUCAGUAUAGAGCAGCAGAAGAAUAGCAGGGAAUCUCUGCAGUACUCCAGUGGCUACAGCACCCAGACCAACACACCCUGCUGCUCAGAGGACACCAUCCCCUCACAGGGGUCUGACUAUGAGUGCUACUCUCUGAACGGGGACGCUGAUACCAGCAGGGAGGCUGACUUCGACAAGUCCUCCACCAUCCCACGCCACAGCAACAUCGCCCAGAACUACCGCCGCAUGAUCCAGACCAAGAGGCCGGCCAGCACCGCCGGGUUACCCGCCGGAGUGAGCCCUCCUGGUGGUAUGCAUGGAGUGAUUUAUGGGGGUGAUGGAGGGCGUGAUGGGAGGCACGGAGCCAUCACCUCUGGAACAGCCACCAUCCGCCGGACCCCCUCCUCCAAAACGGGGGUGAGACGCACACCAUCCACCUCAGGCCCCAUCGCCAUCCGUCCCCCCAUCGUUCCAGUCAAGACCCCCACGGUGCCAGACUCUCCUGUCUACUCCCCCUGUUACUCCCCCAGCUACUCUCCCAGCCUUAUCCAGAGCAUGGGCAGCGAAGAGUACCUGUAUGGGGACGAGACUCCAUCCAGCGCCUUGGAGUACAUGAAAGCCUCCCCCAAGCGGCUGAGCCUACCUGACACCACCGCCUGGAGCUCCGGAGGGGGGCUGGACCAAAGUGUCUAUGCCCAGCAGCCCCCUGGCAUGACAGGCCUCAGCCUAGAGGAGGACCCCCAGCUGGCAGCCAACCGCCACAGCCUGGUGGAGAAGAUCGGAGAGCUCGCGGCCAGCGCCCACGCCCUGGGCGAGGGUCAGUUCCCCUUCUCCUCUCUGGACCCUCUGCCAGCGGACCCAAUGGGUACCAACUCUGGAACCCAACACCCACAACAACCACCACACAGACCCCAGGAGGGCGUGGACAUGCUGGUGUCCAUACGGAGAGGUGUGAGGCUCCGCAAGGCAGUCUCCAACGACAGAUCAGCCCCCAGGAUACUGCAGGAUACUGCAGCAGCAUCCAGGAUACUGCGGUAGUAUCUACUGGGACUGACCACAGAACUGUGGUGCCACUGCAAGCUCUAGUAGUGAAAUGAAUGAACACUCAUCUUCGACAGGAAAAGACUGCAUGAAAUGAAAGGGAAAACGAGUGUCAAUGUGUAAAGAUUCAAUGAAUGGCCAUGGGUGGCCAAUGGACAAAUUUCACGUAAUGAAUUGCGUACAAAUGUAUUUUUAUGUCGUAUUCCUACUUCCCAUGUUGUCUGUGGGCUUAGUGGCUGUGGUUGUCUAUUCCCUCUGUCUCCUAAUGAAUCAGCCAAGGCACCUUUCCUUUAGACUCAGUGAUCAGGGCCUGUAUUCACAAAGUGUCUCAGAGUAGGUGUGCUGAUUCGUGUAUAAUGAAUCUAUAAUACAAUUAUAUGGACAAUGGUGCUGAGUGAUUAGUGCUUUUUGAGGUCUGUUUGGUUUCGGUUCGAUUAUAUAUACAGUACAACUACUCAUUCAAGGGUUUUUCUUUAUUUUUACAAUUUUCUACAUUGUAGUAUAAUAGUAAAGACAUACAAACUAUGAAAUAACAAUUGCCUUGAUGACAGCUUUUUUUCUUCUUUUUUUCUCCCCAAUUACAUGGUGUCCAAUUGUUUAGUAGCUACUAUCGCUACAACUCCCGUACAGGCUCGGGAGAGACGAAGGUUGAAAGUCAUGCGUCCUCCAAUACACAACCCAACCAAGCCACACUGCUUCUUAACACAGCGCGCAUCCAACCCGGAAGCAAGCCACACCAAUGUGUCGGAGGAAACACUGUGCACCUGGCAACCUUGGUUAGCGUGCACUGCGCCCGGCCCGCCACAGGAGUUGCUGGUGCGCGAUGAGACAAGGAUAUCCCUACCGGCCAACCCCUCCCUAACCCGGCUGACGCUAGGCCAAUUGCGCGUCGCCCCACGGACCUCCUGGUCGGUUAUGACAGAGCCUGGGCGCGAACCCAGAGUCUCUGGUGGCACUGCCCCACCCGGGAGGCCCUUGACCACUGCCCCACCCGGGAGGCCCUGGUUGACAGCUUUUUAAUGAAGACAUUGUCACAUCGUUUGUAAUAAAUGGACCAAGAUGCAGUGUGGUAUAGUUCCAUUCUCUUUAUUUUUAAGUGAAACUCAAAGAAAACAAUAAAUGCAAACCGAAAUGCAGGCAACCAUACAUAGUCAAGAUCCCACAAAGCACAAAUGGAAAAAGGCUCCCUAAAUAUGAUCCCCAGUUAUUGACAACGAUAAACAGCCGCCUCUGAUUGGGAACCAUACCAGGCCAAUAUGGAAAUAUAAUCACCUAGUCACACCCCGACCUAACCAACAUAGAGAAUAAAAAGCUCUCUAUGGUCAGGGCGUGACAGACAUCAACACUAGGAAAUAACACAUAUGGAAUCAUGUAGAUUUUAAAUUUUAUAUUCUUCAAAGUAGCCAACCUUUGCCUUGAUGACAGCUUUGCACACUCACUAUUUUAGUAGUUCUUCAAAGUUAAUAAGGCAUACUUUUAUGACUGCUGAAUACCAACUAUCAAACACUUAAAUGAUGUAUUUUCAAGAAAAAAUACCUCAUGAAGCGAGAGCUCUCUCUCGAUCACACAUUAAUCUGUCUCUUUUACGUAGUUGGCGUAAAAGAAACAAACCGGACCAGUAGGCGCUCAAUGGAUUAUGGUCAUUGUAGUUCAUGUUUUCUGAGCUUAACAAUGUAGAAUAUUGGCCUGUUGGACACUACUACAACAUCACAGAGUUCGGGCUUGAUCUGAUUGUUCUUUAGAGAAACUGCAUAAUGUGUGCAUUGAGUUUACAGAAAACUGAACAAAAUGGGCUUCAAAUAAUUGAACCAAUGUCUGUCAGUUUAGUUGUUAAAAUACGGAAAAAUAACUGAAAUGUCAGUUAAUCACUCAGCACUAAUGGACAAGGAUGAUUUUAUCCUAGAUCAGCACUCCUACACUUAAAUGCUAUAUGAAUAUGGGCCCAGGAGGUAAUUUCAAAAUGGCGGUUGAAUGCUGUGUCUUAUUGUGUGUGUACUAACACAGCCAUCUGUUGUCUGAAAGUGACAGAGCUAAGUUGCUCUGUGAGCCUGUCUGUAUGUUAUGUUGUGUAUUAUUAUACUGAUGUAUGUAUUGCCGUUUGUAUCAUAAGCUGAACACCAAUGUAUGUUACAUAUCGGAGAAAUGUAAAAGUCAUGUAAAAUAGGAGCGAUGUGGCAGUGGUUUUAUUGCUGUACUGUACUACUCUACCAAUUUAUUCUGCAAUUAAACCAACCUUUUCCUGUA